CUCCUCCUGAGGGGUACAGAAAAGUCUUUCAGAAGAGGAAGAGGAACAGCAAACACCAACUGCACUCCACGACGAAAACAGCAGCUCUUCUUUUCAGGUGAAUAAUUCAGUUCACUUUAAAGAUGUCAGCCACUGCAGUUCCACUCUCUAACAAGAGGAAUGGCUACACCAUUGUGACCCACGUGAUCCCCCCACCAACAUCAACUGAACCUGGGCAAAUGAUCUACACUGUAGGCCCACUUCGGAAGUUUCUGAAAGGAAAACCAAAAUUAUUAGGAAGUGUUCAAAUAACCAUCGGUUUGGUGAAACUCUUGCUUGGUAUUGCAAUGAUUUUCGACUCUCCCAGGUUCAUUGUCUUCGGUGGAAUUGUAUUUGGGUGUGCUUUGAUGUACAUCAUCAGUGGCUCUCUGGCUGUUUCAGCAAGUAAAAACCUUCAUCGCUGUGUGGUGACUGGUGCUCUGGUGAUGAAUGUGAUAAGCAUAAUAACUGCAGCAAUAACCAUCACUGUGUUAUUGCUGCUUUUGGUAAUAGUGCAAUGGUGUAGGCCCAGCGACUAUAGCUGUUCUGUGAUCUUUGAGAUUGCUGUAGUGCUGGUGAUUUGUUCCAUAAUUCAGUUCAUCAUCUCCAUCUGUGUCUCAGUCUUUGCCUGUAAAGCCACCUGCAGUGAUGAACCUUCUGUGAACAUCACUGUGGCUCUAAACCAAGCAGGAUGUCCUGAUUACCCCAGUGAGCAGUAUCCACUGAAUGCAGUCAAUGUUGCCACCAUGAACAGUCCACCAAAAGAAAGUCCUCCAUCAUACAGUGAGAUGAAAGAUAACUGAGACUAAAAACAUCUCCAGAUGAAACACCACAAUAACAUUAUAAAUAUUCUGCUACUAUAGAACUUUACAGUGUUUUUUCUUCCAAAGUAUUAAUGCGGGUGCUCUGAUGCAAACAUGUUUCAAUAAUGUUAUGAAAAUGUCUAUGACUUUUUAAAAUAAAUGAAUUUAAAGUAUGCGUAUUUGGACAAAAUAUGGUUAGAUUGUAUUUUGUGUCACUU